CACUCCCAGAGACGCACAUACAGGAAACUAGACCACUAAGAGCUUGACAUCUUAAAACAAACCAGCUCACUCAGAGACCGGUGUGAAAAUGCUGCAAAACUUGACAUUAAUUCUCCUCUUCAGUUUAAUCUUCAUCUUCUCCUCUGGUAAAUUUGUAUCUUCAUGUACCUACAAAGCAGUGGGUGACAAUGUUGUGAUUCGACUGGGUGAUGAAAAAUUACCACAGGACAGCCACUUGAUCUGGACACAUGAUAAAAGGAGGGUGUAUUCAAAAAAGGGCUCAAAUGUUAAGAACGAAGGGCUCAUCAUUAACCACUAUGGGUCCCUGAUACUGGAGAACAUACAGAAGAGCAAAUCUGGGGAGUACAAAGCCGAAGUCUAUGACAAAGAUGGAAAAUUAAUAAAGAAAACCGUAGAGAAGAUCUGUGUUUUAGAGCCGGUGCCUGAACCUUCAGUCACAGUCGAGUGUGUAGAAGAAGGAGUCUAUCUGACUUGUAUUCCAGUGAAUAGCAAUGAGGUUUCUGUGUCCUGGACGAAAAAUGGAGAGAAGUCAAACACGACACAUGCUGUUUUACAUGUCAGCUGGUCUGAGCUCAAAUCUGGAGAUAAGUUCUCAUGCACACUCAGCAACAUGUUCAGUGAAAAGACAGCAAAAGAUGUUGAGCCGGUGUGCUCCAACACAGGUGUACAUGCAAAUGAAGAUGAGAACAGAAAAAAAGAAGAGAACAGCAACAAUGAAAAUAAAGAUGAUGCAAAAGGUAUAAAUUCCCAUUUUUGUGUAUUCACACUUACAACUGAUGAGAACAACUGAGAACAUCUAUUUGUAGGUCUGAUUGAGAGGAAGCAGAGUUUCGACUCGUUUCUCUAAUGCCAGAUCACGCAAAUCAGCCUGAUGAGCCGUACAUGCAGAGUAGCGAAUCUCAAAGGCCAUCCAAAAGCCAGCGUCCUCUUCCGCCCCUGCCCAACCCUCGAGGUCCACCUGCUGU